ACGAUAUUCUUGACUUCAUAGAAAAUCAACUGAAGAAUCAUCAUCCGAGAAAUGAUUACAAGGAGUUUUUGGAGCUGAGCUGUAUUUUUUUGGGUGGUAUCAAAAGUCAUAGAGCCGAAUUUGAAGCACCUGGUGCUUUUCAUCACGCACGGUGGUUAUCAAAAGCUCUCUAUCGCUUGAAAAUAUAUAUGUUUAGAAACCAGUUUAAAAUGGGAGCAAACGAAAAAAAAAUUUUGCAGAAAAUAUGUAUUUUCAUCGUAAAAUUUUAUGUAAAAAUAUGGUUUACUGCUCCUAAUGCAAUAAAUGCUCCAAACUCGGAUUUGCAAUUAGUAAAAGAUCUUAUUGACUACAGAAAAAUACAUCCAGAAAUUGCAAAUGCAGCACUCGAUAAAUUGUCUCGGCAUUUGUGGUACUUACACGAAAAUCUUGCUUGUUUAGCUCUUUUUGAUGAAACUGUGUCAGUAGAAGAAAAAGUAAAGAUCGUACAAAAAAUAAAUUCCCAGGUAGCGGUCAAAAAGCCUAAUAAACGUUUAUCAGUCGCUUAUGAAGAAAUAACGUCGUUAUCUGAGAAAAACAUAAGCGAUUUUGUUAAUCCAAACUCGUUGUUUAUUUUUGAGCAAUUUGAGCUCCCCUAUGAAUUUUUUCAUACAGAUCCAAGUUUGUGGGAAUCAAAUCUUGAGUAUAAACGAUGUUAUGAUACAUUCAAAAAGUUAAAAGUAGUAAACGAUACUGCGGAAAGAGGAGUAGCGCUAGCCGAAAGUUUUAAUGAAGUAUUGACUUAUAACGAAGAUGAAAGACAAAGAAUUUUUCAAACUGUUCAGCACCAUCAAUCUCAAUACACAUCGUGUAAAAAAUCACAAUAUAUUGACAAUGAAUUAAUCUAACAAUUCAUUUUUCUGCUUUCAAUAAUAAUUAAUUGGUAUUGUUGUUUUUA